AUGUCUGCCGACUCCUCCUUCGAAUUUGAGACAAAAAUAGCGAUAGAAUCGGAAGAGAAAAUUGAAAAAUCUGACAACAGUCACGAUUCUAGUUUAGAAGCUAUCGCUUCCGGAUGUUCUUCCGCCUUAAACGAAAUUAAUAAUCUUGCAUUGUCCCCACAGGAAGAGGUUGAGGAGGGAAAUAAUAAUAAUAAAUCUCCUUCACCGCCCCCAAAUGUGGAGAAAACUGAGGAUGAAGAAAACGAGACUCCAAUCAAUUUUCGAGGACGUGUUGCAUAUCCAUCCAAAUGGCUUUCAACUGUUUCUGCUUGUCAAUAUUUACCCGAGGAACAAAUGAUUACUACAUGCCAAAUUUUGAUAAAUCGACUUCUUCGCGUUCCAAACAUUGUUUCUGUUAAAUCACCUGCUACAAUUUGUGGGGACAUUCAUGGACAAUUUUAUGACCUAAUGAAGCUUUUCAAAUGUGGAGGAUCCAUUUUAGAGACUAAUUAUGUUUUUCUUGGAGAUUAUGUUGACAGGGGUUAUUACAGCCUAGAAACCGUCACCUAUUUAUUCCUUUUGUUACUUAAACAUCCAGAACGGAUUACUCUUCUUCGCGGCAAUCACGAAACUCGAAGAGUUUCCCACCAAUAUGGUUUUUAUGACGAAUGUCAACAGAAAUACGGCAAUUCUGUUGUUUGGACCUGGUUUUGUCGUGUUUUUGAUGUUCUUCCAAUUUGUGCAUUAAUUGAUGACCAAAUAUUUUGUGUUCAUGGAGGGCUUAGUCCAGAAUUGCCUACUUUAGACGCUAUAAUGUGCUUGCAGAGAAGUGUUGAAGUUCCGGCAAAUGGGGCGCUUUGUGAUUUGUUAUUUGGCCGCGAUGUUGUAGAAAAAUUUCUUGAAGUUAACGGCCUUUCACUUAUUUGCCGGUCACACCAACUUGUACAGGAAGGCUUUAAAUAUAUUUUUGACGAUGUUUUGUGCACUGUUUGGUCUGCCCCCAAUUAUUGCUAUCGUUGUGGUAACCUAGCUUCUGUCUUAAAAAUUCAUGGCCCUAGUGGAGAUCGAGAAACUAUAUAUUUUAGUGAGGUAGAAGAAUCAGAAAGGAAACGACCUGAACGUGUUACUGUACCCUAUUUUUUGUAAAAGAAAUUUUAAAAAAUGAAUUUUUUUGUACCUCUUGAUAUUUAAUAUAUGGUUAUUUUGACCCCUUUUUUCUGUUUCUGGAAUUUUUUUUGAUAAUUAAAAAAUAAUUUAUAUUGACUUGCAAUGUUGAUUUUUUAUAUUAAUUAGAGCCUUGUGGUCUGUUGUGUCCGCACUUGCAGAAAGAACAUAAAUAAAUUUAAAAAUCCAUCAUUUAAUGGUGGCAUAGUCAAUUGUUCUCAAGUCUAUAUCCAUGGCCUACCGUCCACUAAAUUUUUUCUAGAGCUUAGGUGUAUGUAUAUCUCAAAUUGAAUCUAAACUUAUUAAAUUCUGACUCUUACUGAUCCUUAGUUUUUUUUUACAUACCCCAAAUAUAGGCUGCUUUUAUUUAAGUUUUGUACUUUUAUUUUUCAUGUGUCUCAUUGAGUGGGUUUCUAACGGGGUGUGGACUUCUAAUAUUGAGGAUGAGAUCAGUAUUGGGUAUUUAUUUGCUCCGACUCCGUCCUUUUUCAAACCUUGGUUCAGGCUCCGGGGUUUUCAAAAUAUUACUCUCCGGAGCCGUACC